AUGUGGACAUACCUGGAUGUUUAGCUCUCCUUUGCCGCCCUAACGGGUGAAGUCGUAAAUCCAUUCUUAGAUAUCUUGCCAAAAACUUCAACAAUAAUAAUGAUGCAGAUGCCCUCAGAAAUUCCAGCAGAACAUCUGCUUUCAAAGGAAAACAGCAUUCUGAAUGACUUAAAACAGGAGACUAAGGACACUCCUGGAUUUAACGCUCUAACAGAAAAUGAAUUGAUGGAAAAAGUGGAAAACAUUUUACUAGAGAGGAUAAAAAAUGGUGACAAAAGAGCUUACUUCCAGCUGGGAUUAUUUUAUUAUGAGCAGGCACAUUACGAAAAGGCAAGAAUAUACUUCGAGAGAGCAAAGGACAUUGACUUCCAAGCACUGUUUAUGCUGGCUGUCAUGUUGUUUGAUGGAGUAGGAGGAGAUGCUAAUACGGAGUUAGCUAUAGAAUACCUUCAGAAAAUUGAAUCUUCAAAAGCCAGACAUGCCAAGCAUCUUGUGAGAGCAGCUCAGUUUAAUAUUGGCAGGGCCUACUUCCAGGGAUAUGGUGUCAAGCGCCAGUCUGAUCAACAGGCAGAAAGAUACUGGUUGUUAGCAGCAGAUGAUGGAAACCCCAGUGGAAGUGUUAAGGCUCAGUCUGCUCUCGGCAUGUUUUAUUCUCGGGAAGAUACAAAAGACUUCAAUAAAGCUUUCUUUUGGCAUUCCGAGGCAUGUGGAAAUGGAAACUUAGAAUCACAAGGAGCCCUUGGGAUCAUGUAUGAGCAUGGUAUAGGGGUAAAGCCUGACCCAGAUGCAGCCAAUGUGUGCCUGAAGGAGGCUGCAGAGCGAGGCAAUGUAUACGCCAUGGGUAACCUGGUGGCCCAGUAUUACAGAAGGAAACUAUACACCAAGGCCUCUGACCUUGCUGCUAGAGUGUCCCAGUUUUCGAAUAUUGACCAGAUAGCCAAGGAAACGGACUGUUUACCUAGCUACAUAAGGAAGGGCAUUAGUACUGGCUGUUUCUAUUAUGCUCGCUGUCUGGAGGAGGGUCACGGUGUAAAGAAAGAUAAAGAUGAGGCCAAGAUGUACUAUUCUAAGUCAUACCAGUUUGACCCAGAUGUUUGUGCACAACUACAGAAUAUCACUCAACAUGGUGUUAUAUAGGUCAGCAUUCAAAUAGAUUUGAUACAAACACUUGAAAGAUUCCAAUCGUGUUGGACUGUCUAGCAUACCAAAGAAUUUAACCUUUCUGUUACUAGCAGCAUAACAUGAGGACAAAGCUUGGUGAUGUCUGCAACAGGAAAGAUUCAACAAAUUGACAGUUUACAGAAGUAUUUGUCUGUUAUGUAUACAUGAUAUUAAUCAGUUACAAAGGUUAGUAAGAAAAAGGCUUGAUGCAUUUUCCAGUAAUGUUGAAAGCCAUAAAGUGAUGUGCCACCUUACAUAUAUUCAUGCACAAAUCAUUGAUGUACCUCUUACAAACACAUACACUUCUACGUAAAAUCAUGUUUCAAUGUGUCAGUGAAGCAAUUCAGAUUAAAAAUUAAUCAAAAGAUGAACAGAAAUUUGUUUCUUUAAGUCGUAACUCUUUUGUUAUAGAGGUGCAUAUGUAGUGAGGUAGCAUGUCACUUUAAAGUUUAAUGGCUUCUGAACAGCUGAUGUCAUGAAAGACAGACCAUCAUUAUUUCUUUGGUGGAUAUUCUUUUCUUUUCUUAAGAAAAGAUUGAAAAAUUGUCCAGGUAACUCAGGCUGGUAAUUUGUGUACAUAUUACUGGGACAAAGAUAAAUGAAGUUAAACCUAAUCUCUCACUUGUGUUUAUAUUCAUUUGAUAUCAUGUUUGCCUAAAAAUAAAUUCUGAUGUCAAAUAUAUGCCCAUUUGUUGUCAAACAACCACUUUGUCAAUUGUUAUAUGAGCACUUCUGUGAUUCAAAAAGCAUGUUUUUAUUUCUGUACUUUUUAUUCAUGAGAGAUUGGGACCUGGUGAACAAAUUUGAUUUAUAACAGGAAAAACUUGUAUCAUUUUUGCAAUUUUUCAGUCAGUCGAUGAAGAAAGUAUCUAAUUUAAUUAACAAUAAAAAAUUUAGCCAAUGCAAAUAGGCAAAAAUGGUAGAGAAAUAAGUAUUUCAAAUUUUAAAAUGUGAAAUGAUCAAAUGAUCUGUUUUUGUGAACAAUAGAAAUUGAUGUACAGAAAUAUUAGCUGCAGAUCCUUAUGCAGGAAAAAUUUAAUUCCA